AUGGCUACUGAUACCAAGAGUGAAAAUGCCUUUGCCAAGGCUUUCCAACCCUUUGCUUGUGGAGGAGCUGCUGCCACAUUUGCCAGUAUCGUUAUUCACCCCAUGGAUUUGGCAAAGGUUCGUAUGCAACUCUAUGGACAAUUGAACCCUGGAAAGCCAUCCCCUGGCUUUACCACAAUCUUGGGAAAUAUGAUCAAAUCCGACGGAGUCGGCAGUAUCUACACUGGAGUAGACGCUGCCAUUGGACGUCAGCUUGUCUAUGGAACUGCUAGAAUUGGAUUGCAUAGAAAGUUUUCAGAUCGACUAGUUGAAAUCAACGACGGAAACCCAAUUAGUUUUGUUCAAAAGGCCCUGAGUGGAAUGGCCAGUGGAAGUAUUGCUGUUUGCAUUGGUACUCCAUUUGAUAUUGCUCUUGUUCGUCUGCAAGCUGAUGGUAUGGCAAAGCCAGAAGAUAGACGGAACUACAAAAAUGUCUUCGAUGCUCUUAUUAGAACGUCCUCCGAAGAGGGAGUCGGUGCAUUGUACAAGGGACUUGCGCCAAACAUUUUGCGUGGAAUGUCAAUGAACGUCGGUAUGAUGGCUUGUUACGAUCAAGCAAAGGAAGUAGUUGCAAAAUUGUUGAAUGAUCCCAUGACCAAUGGACCUUCGCUGCCCACUCGAAUUGGUGCUUCUGCUACCGCUGGAUUCACCGCCGCACUCUUCUCUCUGCCCUUUGAUUUGAUCAAGAGUCGAUUGAUGGCCCAAAAACCCGAUCCGUUGACGGGUGAGCUUCCUUACAAGGGAAUUGCUGAUUGCGCCGUUAAAAUCUUGAGAGGUGAAGGUCCUCUUGGAUUCUUCUCUGGAUUCUCCGCAUAUUACGGUCGCUGUGCUCCUCAUGCCAUGAUCAUUUUGCUCUCGAUUGAGUCCAUCACAAAUGCUUACAAGACCGCAUUCGGCUUGCAGUAA